CGGAGGGCGGCAGCCUCAGCCUACCGGGCGCGGAGGUGCGGCCGGCGCAGAGCUGGGGAAGCCGGCCCUGGGGCUGGCGGGGCUGGCGGGUCCUGGAGCUUGGAGCCUGGGGCUUGCCCGGGUGGCUACCGGGCGCGAGGCGCUGUGUCAGGCCCGCCAGGGCCUGGAGCGCCCCUCCCCGACCCUGGGCAGUCCCUGGGCCCGGGGCACGUUCCCCGUGUCUGGUGGCCCGGGUCAUGGCGGUCGCGUCCCUGGAGAGAGGGGCACUUCCCGGCCCUGUCCUCGAGCUGCUGCCGGGACUGCCCGCACCGGACCGGGCGCGCCCGGAGUCAGUGACCUUUGAGGAUGUGGCCAUCUACUUCUCUGAGAAUGAAUGGACUGGCCUGGCCUCUGCUCAGAGGACUAUGUACAGGGACGUGAUGCUGGAGAAUUAUGAGGCUGUGGCUUCCCUGGCAUUUCCAUUUCCCAAACCGGCUCUGAUUUCCCAGCUGGAGCGAGGAGAAGCACCCUGGUGCUCAGCUCCUCGGGGAGCUCCGGAUGGAGAGGACCCGAGGGGCCCCUCAGGAAAUCUCUUUCUUAAGCCUGCUGGGAUCUCCCAUCUUGAGCAGGUGGAAGAGGCAUUGAACCUGAAACUGCAAGGAGAGGGUCCAAGACUAAUUUGUUCUGAGAGUGUGCUGACGAGUGAGAAAGAAGAUUUUAUUAUGAAGGAGGAAAUUUUUGAGGAAGCACAGGACCUCAUGGUGUUAUCAAGUGGACCACAGUGGUGUGGCUCCCAGGAAUUCUGGUGUGGAAAAACCUGUAAAGAGGAGAAAAGCAGGUUAGGGAGAUGGCCUGGCUACCUCAAUGGGGGACGUGUGGAGAACACUACUAAUGAUAUUAUAGAAGUGACUGUCAAGGAUGAGAUGAUCUCAGUAGAAGAGAGUUCAGAGAAUACUGAUGUCAAUACCCACCUUGGUGUACAUCAGAAAAUUCUAAGUGAGCAGGUAUUCUAUAUAUGUGAAGAAUGUGGCAAGUGUUUUGAUCAAAAUGAAGACUUUGAUCAACAUCAGAGAACUCAUAAUGGAGAAAAGGUCUAUGGAUGUAAGGAAUGUGGGAAAGCUUUCAGUUUUAGAUCACAUUGCAUUGCACAUCAGAGAAUUCACAGUGGGGUAAAACCCUAUGAAUGUCAAGAAUGUGCUAAAGCCUUCGUUUGGAAGUCAAACCUGAUUCGGCACCAGAGAAUACAUACUGGCGAGAAACCCUUUGAAUGUAAAGAAUGUGGGAAGGGCUUUAGUCAGAACACAAGCCUUACACAACAUCAGCGUAUCCACACUGGGGAGAAACCAUACACAUGUAAAGAAUGUGGGAAAAGCUUUACUCGAAACCCAGCCCUUCUUCGACAUCAGAGAAUCCACACUGGGGAGAAGCCUUACGAAUGUAAGGACUGUGGGAAAGGCUUCAUGUGGAACUCAGAUCUUGCUCAGCACCAGAGGGUCCACACUGGGGAGAAGCCUCAUGAAUGUACUGACUGUGGGAAAAGCUUCAUUUGCAAGGCACACCUUAUCCGACAUCAGAGAAUCCAUACUGGGGAAAGACCUUAUAAAUGUAAUGACUGUGGGAAGGCCUUCAGUCAGAAUUCUGUCUUGAUUAAGCACCAGAGGCGCCAUGCUAGAGAGAAACCCUAUAACUAUCAGACCUCUCACCUUCUUGAACAUUAGGGAAUGUGUAAUGGUGAUACUUGUUUAUAAUUCUUAUGUUACAGGAACCCCAGAGACAAAAUGAGAUGACCUUCCACAAUUUGUUAUAACCAGAAUUAUCUUGUCCCUUCUGAACAGAUACCAUUACUCUAGCAAAACUGGUCUGCCUGUUCCACCAUAUUCAUGCUAGGCCCAAUUUAUUUGAGCAUCUACUGUGUCUCAGGUUCUGUGCUAACGACUUUACAUACAUUCUUUAAUUUUCAUAACAAUCCUAUUAAGGUAGGUAGUCUUCUCCCCAGUUUACAAAUGAGAACUCUGAGGUUGAAAGAGAUUAUAAAAUUCAUUCAAGGUCACUCAGCUAGUAAGUUUUAGAGUUGAGAUUGGAGCCAGGCUUACCUGACUCCAAACUCUACUGUUCUUUAUUUAAUUGUAUGUAUUUGUGCCUCUACCCAUUUUUAUCUGCUCAUGUUUUACUGGGCUUUUAGUUUACCUUCAUUAUGUAAGACCCAGCUUCUUCAACUAAGCAGACCUCUCUUCUUCUUCUACUUGUAAUCAGUACCAUCUAAGUUAGUAUUUAUUUGCUGUCUUAUAUUUUUCUAAUAGUCUCAUGUCUCUUAGUCUUGAC